AUGUGGGGUAAACCUCAGUUCAUACGGUCUCGCAAGGCUACGGUACAAGAGCCCACGCUGGUCGAGGACAACGGGGUGUUUCGCUCGAGACCUCUUGGGUCCAAAGGCCUGCCUACCCUGCCAUCGAACCCUUCAGAGUCCAGUCUUCAAUCAUAUCCUCUGGCUCCAGAGAAACGCGUGACAUCGUCUGUUUAUUCCAAGGACGACUUCGAUGAGUUCACAGGAAACCAUGCACCUCAGCGAACUGAUUCACUCCAAGCCUACAGUCCAGAGAUCUCACCUCCCGAUUCACCGGUGACUCUUGACAAUGCUCUUGAACGCUUGGAUAGUUCCCGUAUAUCUCCGGUAGAAGAGGAAUGGAAGCAGCCUGCCAAAGCCCUGCAACCGGACAAAAGGUUUCCCAGCCAGUUACCCGUUUUGCGCAAGCCCGCAAGAGCAGAUACUCUUCCAUUACAGUCCGACCUGGAUUCAAGCAAGUCUUCCUCCGGCGAACCUAAAAAGACAAAAUGGGAUGACUAUUCAGGUGAACCGACCACCAGCAACUCUGGAAAGCCUGGUCAGGUGACUCCCGGAAGCCCAGUCUAUGAAAGCCACCAAAGCCAGAGAUCUCUUGGUUUCUUGAACUGGGGCAGAGAGCAACUGCAGCCGAAGAAGAAAUCUGCAAGACCAAAAUUACGCUCUACAAGCCUCAUGGAUAAAAACGAACCCCGACAGCCUCCUGUUCGUGAGCCGUGGAAGGGAGCCAGUGGCCGGGCGCCCAUUGUUACCCCAAUUCAGGAAAAGCCAGGUAGCAAAUUUGUUGGCCGUCUGCGUUCAACACGAAGCCAAGAUCUCCUACAAACACGAGAGGAGGCGGCAGAAUUCCAAUCGUCGAUUGGGUUCACUCCAACUGUGGUUACUACCAUUACCGCUGGAGAAGCGAUCGCUCCGGCAAGAUCCGAGACGAAAUUUCAACCCAUAAAUCGAGAGGAAUCCCCCCCUGCUCGCCGGACUCCAGACAUACCCCCGCGUAUUGAUAUUUCUACACCCGAUCUCGACGAUGCUCUUUCUGGAAUGCAUGUAGACGAGCGACCGGUGAGUCGCUUUAGUGCAACGACUUAUGCGCCCACCGAAGCAGAAAGCGCAACUGGCAGUCCUAGGGACAGUCUGAUCGAGAGCGAUACACCAACUGGUGGCAACGUGCCUUCAAUCAUGUCAAGAAAACGUCCAGUCCCCAGCGCAUAUGGCGCUAAGCCUACUCGAAAGCCCACCCCUGCUGAAGGUGGAGUGCUCAAGGCUCUCCCUCAAUCUCCGCCUGAAAGUCAAGCACAGACUCGCAUCGAAGCUCUGGAAGCAAGGCGGGACAACCUCAAUCGUCGCAAGGCCAAUAUCAAUACUAUCAUCUAUGAGCUUACACAGGUUAUCCAGCCCAGCUCUGUUGCUUACGAUAUGGCCGCUCGCGAGGAAGUCAAGAAGACUGUGAACAGUCUUAACAACGAGCUUGCCGAAAUUAAACGGGAAGAACAUGAAAUCGGCCUGAAGCUGCUCCGGGCAUACAAAAAACGCGACGAGCAAGACAUCUACAGCAGCGGAUCCGGUCUCUGGGUUAAACGAGUGACUAGCUGA